AUAUUUACAAAAAAAUUUGUAAGCUUAUGUUGGUCAUUCUUUUUUUAUUCUUCUAAAUUAAAGUUACAAACCAAUUUAUUCAUUCAUAUUCUUUGGCUUUUUAGCGAUAAAAGUAUUUUUAUAGUGCUUAUAGGUUUCUAUCGAUUGAUUUUUCAUUUAAAUUUGAAAAAAGUUUUAAAUAUGCGGGAUGAUCAUCGCUUUUUAUUUUUUUGGUUUGAAAAUUUUUAUUACAGGAAUAGGUUUUGCGAUUUUGUCUUAUUCUCGAUAUUCACUUAUCGUGAUAUGACAGUCGAACAAAAAUUUGAAUAUUUUAAACAAUUGGUUGACAUCAUCGAUCCAUUUCGUAAGCGAGUUCACAUAAUUUUGCCUCUUCUUGUCAGCUCACCGUUGUCCGUUAAACUUAAUGUUUUGAAAGAAUGUGUUACUGUAGGAUAUGAUGAUAUAUCAUCACUGAAUAUUUAUUUAUUGGAACAUUUCGUUUUGAAACCCAUCGUUUGUUAG